AUGUCGAAAAAACUCUUCGCCUUGACCAUCUGCGGCUAUCGCAAGUCAGGCAUGGACGAGGACGAAUACCACAGAUACUUAAGCGAUAAUCAUGCACCUUUACUGAAGGAUCUGUUGAUCAAGAACAAGAUUAUUGAUUAUACAAUGCAACACAACACGAGCGAAACCAAGAAGAUGAUGGGCCAAAUAUUCGGAAGUCUGCAUGCUGGCAACGUUGCUGAGUGUGACUGCUUCGUCCAGAUUGUAUUCCGGGACGUUCAGGACUUCAUCAACGUCAAAGAGGACCCCCAUUACAAGAAGAUGGUGGUGCCUGAUCAUGAGAACUUCGCUGAUGGCAAGAGGACUACAAUAGUGACUGGCUGGUUCGAGAGUCAUAUUCCAAGCAGGCACGGUGGAGCAAUUGAGAAUGGAGUCUCGAUAAAUGGACAUUGA